AUGAAAGGCGCGAUCCAGUCAGGCGAGAAUAUCAUCAACCGUCUGCCUGACGACGUGCUCUCUGCAAUUCUCGAGCGCGCUUGUUCCAGCAAGGCGAUGCGCCACGCGCUCGUGUGCCGACUAUGGCUCCGCCUAGCACAACACUUGCAGCAGGCCGUUCAAGUCAGCGCCGAGCGCAACCUCCACGCGGGCGAGCUGCUGCGUGGCUUGUCGAGACUCCCCAAUGUGACCUCGCUCACGCUAGCCUACAGGAGUGUCGAUUUUCUCAACGACGAGUUCCUGACGGCGCUGCCAUCCGCUUGCUCGCAGCUCUCCCGCCUGCGCCUAGGCGGGCCGCGGUACACCGGAGUGCCGCACUUCCGCAUCACACCCCCGUGCCUCGGCCGCUUCCUCCUCGGCGCUUCGCGCCUCGAGGAGCUCACUCUCGACCACAGCCUCGGCCACAUGACGAAGCUUCCUUCCUCGCUCGCAUCGCUAUCGUCGCUUCGCGUGCUCAACCUCAGCAUGCCGCGCUUUACCGCUCUUCCCGACGAGUUCGGCGCGCUGCGCGCAUUGGAGGAGCUCCGCGUCAGCUGCCACGGGCUGCAGAGCCUCCCCGCGUUUGUCACGCAGCUCACGCGCCUGUCCCACCUUUGCGUGGCAGAAUGCCGCGCGAUGCGCCAGCUCCCCGCGCAGCUCGGCGCGCUGAGCUCGCUGAUGGCGCUGGAAAUACACGGAUGGUACCGCCUUGAGGGCGUUCCGGAGAGCAUCGGCGCGCUCAAGGAGCUGCGACGCCUGGACCUGCGCAACAUCUCCUGCGCGCUGUCCGACGUGGGGGAGGAGUGGCGGAAGCUGGAAGAAUUGCGUCUGGAGAACGUCGACUGUGUCCACCUUCCGCCCAUCUCCCUCGAGUCCCUUGCGGUCCUCACCAUCCGCAAGUGCAGCAGCCUCCGCGCGCUACCCGACGACAUCGGCAUGGCGCCAGCCCUCCGCGAGCUCGAGAUCGUCUUCGCGCCGAUCACCGAGCUGCCCGCGUCGAUCGCGAUGCUGACGUCAUUGGAGCGGCUGGUGUUGGCGCCGUGCAAGUCGGUGAGAGCGCUGCCGCCCACGCUGCUGGCGCUGCCGCGACUGGCGCACGUGAUGCUGAAGAACGUGUCGUGCCUUGCUUCGCUGAUGGGCGGCCAGCCAGUCGGGCGCCUCGCGCCGCUGCAAUCUUUAUCCUUCGAGAGCGCCCUCUUCACCCAUUUUCCCCCCGCCCUCCCCUCGCUCGCGCCCUCUUUGCGCGCGCUCACGCUCGCUGACAUCCCUGUGCUCUACUCCUUGCCAGCCGCAGUCUUCCGCCUCAUCGCGCUCACCUCCCUCUCACUUCUCCGCCUGCGGCACAUCAAGUGCCUCCCCCCUGCGCUCUCCGCGCUCUCCGCCCUCCGGACGCUCAAAGUCACCAGCGUGCCUAAGCUCGCGGCGCUUCCCGAAUCUUUGCGCCAGCUGGCGGCGCUCGAGUCGCUGGAGAUCGACGACCUCCCCAAGCUGCGAAACCUGCCCGCGUCGCUGGGCCGCCAGACGGCGCUGCGGAGUCUGGUGCAGCGCCGCGGCGCUCUGGCCGCCACCGUGACCACCGCCAUGGGCGGGCUCAGCGCACUGACGCACCUCAGCGUCACUUGGUGCGCCGCGCUCACCGCGCUGCCAGAUUCCAUGGGCCAGCUGGGAUGCUUAAAAACGUUGACUAUAGACAACGCAUCGAUUGCGACCCUCCCAAACACUCUGAGCGGGAUGACCCGCAUGGAAGAGCUGCUCGUCUCCUACUGCCCCCACCUCACCGCGCUCCCCGCAUCCCUCUGCUCCCUCCCCCGCCUCCACACGCUCUCCCUCACCAAGUGCCCCGCCCUUUGCGCCCUCCCCGACGCCAUAGGCCAGCUGCCCGCCCUCAAGCAUUUCUCCAUCAAGGACUGCUCCGCACUCUCCCGCCUCCCCGCGUCCCUCCCGCGCCUCCCCGCUCUUGAUUCGCUCGACAUCGCGUGCUGCCCGUUGCUCACGCACCUCCCCGACGACUUCGACCCGCUGCCCGUAUAG